AUGGCAGAAAGUUCAAAUCAAAUUACGGCAGCAUCAUUACAGCCUGAACUAUGGACAAGUUCGUCUAAUGAAGCAUUGAAAUUGUUUGUUACUAAUCAAGAACAAGCAAUAAAUUUCAAACCAACUUUUACCUAUCCAAUUUUUGGAGAUUCUGAAACAAUAUAUGGAUAUAAAGACUUAUCAAUAUUUUUAUGUUUUGAUCAUUUUACAUUUAAACCAUUUUUGAAUGUAAAGUAUAGUGAUAAAUUAAAUGAUCCAGAGAUUGGGGAUUUGAAAAAAAUUAUUGAUGAAUUCUUACCUGAACUGACGAUUUUCAAAGAUGAAGUAAAAUGGAUUGAUUCAAUAAAAGAAGAAAAAGAAAAUGGUUAUAAAAUACCUGGUGAUAAAAUAUCAGAAUUUAAUCAAAAUGAUAAAACUUAUUCAAUUUAUAAAAUAAAUUUAAAGGAUGUUAUUGGACUAGAAUUACAUAAAAGAUUACAAAUACUUGUAUUAUUAUUCAUUGAAGCAGGUUCUUAUAUUGAUAGUUCUGAUGAGUCAUGGAAUUUAUAUGUAAUUUAUGAAUCAACAGAGGAACCAUCAAUAGUUGGAUUUACUACAUGUUAUAAUUAUUGGAAAUAUCCAGGUUUUGAAAAAUUUGAUAAAGAUGAAAAUGAAAUUAGAAUUAAAAUCUCGCAAUUUAUAAUAUUACCAAUGUUUCAAAAUUUAGGAUUAGGUCAAAGAUUCUAUACUGAAUUAUAUCAAUAUUGGUAUAAACAAAAUGAUAUAGUUGAAAUUGUUGUUGAAGAUCCAAGUGAAGAAUUUGAUGAUAUGAGAGAUAAAGCAGAUUUGAAAAUGUUAAACGAUAAUGUAAAAUUUGAUUUUAAUAAGGUUGAACCAAAUAUAACUAAAGAAAAUAUUGAAAAAUGGAGAAAAGAAUUAAAACUUGAAAAAAGACAAUUUUCAAGAUUAAUUGAAUUAAUAAUGUUAUAUAAAUUACAAAAUCAAAUUGAUGAUAUAAAUAAAAAGGAUUAUAGAUUAUUUGUUAAGAAAAGAUUAUAUGAUAAGAAUAAAGAAGGAUUAUUGACAAUGGAUGAUGCAACAAGAAGAGAUAAAUUAGAAACAACAUACCGUGAUGUAACAGAAGAUUAUAGUAGGUUAUUAAGUCAAGUUAAAUUGAAUUUGAAGCAUACCUUAAAUGAUGAAGGAGUUAAGGUAUUGAAGAAGCAAAAAGUUUAG